AUGGCUGACUAUAUGGUUUUUCACACUCAAAUAGCCUCCAUCAUGGAGGAGCUAGCCAAUGCAGCCGUGGCAGAUAUCUGUAAACUCGUAGACGACGACUAUGCAGUGUUUCGUUUGGAAAUAACUCAAAGCCAGAAGGAAAACAGGGCAUUGCGGAGGAAACUAGAGCUACUGGAUCUGAAGGUGGCACGGGAGCGGGAAGAGAUGACAACGAGAGAGCGCGUCCUCGCCAGUCGUCCCAGUAGUGUCAAGAUCCUCGACCGAUACAGAGGAAUGACAAGAGGUGAAGGACAUCUCACUAGAGGCCACAGGAGCUUUGUGAAGCCAGCUAUAGAUGAGGGAAGUGGAACCUCCACCCAGCAUGUUAUCAUGAUAGAGUCUGCAGAUGGAGAAGCUGCAGGUCCUGGGGUCAAGCAGGAGAGGUCUGAAGGAGAGGUCCCACAACACAGAAGAGACAUCGAGAUUGGAGUGCCCCCUGUUGCCACGGAGAACCGCGCCGCCACGCCCCAACCCAGGCCCUGCCGCAGCAUCACAGAGGAGGAGGAGGGUCUAGAGGUGCUGCUGGUGAAGGAGGAGGGUCUGGGGAACCCUGAGAGGACCAUGGUCAUGGAGGACAACCAGACUACACCUCCUGAACCCACAGAGGAACCAGCUGAGCAGCACAGGACCACACAGAGUCUCAAUGAGUCAGUAGACAUGGAGGAUGGGAAGCCUGAUCUGCUGAUAGUCAAAGAGGAGACAAUAGAAGACGGACCAGUGAGUAUUGAUCUGCUGAGUGGACUAAAGAUGGGGGAUCAAGGUGGUUGGCUGGAGGCUAACAGAGGAGACUGGGCAACCAUCUUAGAUUUCCAGACCCAGACUGGUGCAGCCAAAGGCCCAGGGGACGACAUCACUGAGCAGGCCAGGACCAGAGGCGACAUAGUGGAGGUCAGUGGAUGGGACAGCGUCUUCAACUCUGGGCUGGGGAACAACGCUGUUAACCACAACCAGAAACAGACAGUUGAACACAAAACAACAAACAAACUUAAUCUCCAUGACAACAGACUGGUUGAGACAAGGGCGAGGCGUAGAUUUGGUCCGCAGGGACGGGGAGGUGUCAGUAUGCGGCGGGAGAGAACAGACUCGGCUAGCGAUGCUCCGUCCUGCUCCUAUAGUUGUGAUUCAGAGAUACCGAUGGCGCCAGGUGCUACCUUCAGCCUGCCUUCUAUAGGAUCUAUCAACUGGAACAUGGACCCUCCGACAACAGAGACACUUCCUGGCCUUCAUCCUCCUCACACUCUCCUAAUGUUAAACCAGACCUCAGACAAUGCCAGUGCCUCAACACUAAAUGGCUACAGAAGCCCAUUGACAAAUGACAGCAGUAGUAACUCUAUCAGUAGAUCCGGUGGAAAAGAGAAGCGCUUUCCGUGCUCAUUCUGUGGGAAAGCCUUCAGUUUCCCCAAACAGGUGGAAAUCCACCAGAGGAUGCACACGGGGGAGAAACCAUUCAGCUGCCACCUGUGCCAGGCUAGUUUCUCCGACUCUUCCAACCUGAAGAGGCACCAGAGGAUGCACACGGGGGAGAAACCGUUCAGCUGCCAUGUGUGCCAGGCUAGUUUCUCACACUCAUUCAACCUGAAAAGGCACCAGAGGGUCCACACAGGGGAGAAAUCCUACAUUCCCCAGUGUGAGAAGAGGUUCUCCCACCAGCACCAGCUGAAGAUGUACCUGAAGGUCCACAUGGGAGAAAGACCAUUCGCCUGUACGCACUGUGGGAAGAGGUUCUCAGAGAGAAGCUACCUCAGGAUACACCAACAGGAAAUGCACACGGCCUAUGAAUAGUUUAUAGUAACAUGUAGUAGUACUAGCUAGUUUGUAGUUAAUUCUGUUGGUUUUGGAUGUAUAGGGAACUGGAUGAGGUGAACUGAGGAAAGAAUGAGUGUGAUGAGGCAGAGUAGAUAUGGUGAUGGUUGGUGUUUUGGUGUCUGUAAAAUUGCUUAAUUGAUGGGUCCAACCCUGACUGCAUGUCCCAUUAGGUUGAUACUUGUGUUUUAUUGCGAGAUAAUGAGUGCCUUAAUUCACAUUUACUUGACAUAAAGUAGUGAAGAUGUGUGUAAUGUUGAACCUUUUCCAAAGUAUUCAAACAUGUAUUCUAUUAAAGUGAGGCUACCAGAUUUACAUUAAGGUCAAGUGUUAGUGAAACGUAUCAUGUAUCGUUUUGUGCAAUACAAGUACUGAACGUCACGUUAUGUGAGUGUAUGACCAUCUUGUUGACAUUAAAUACAAAAUUGACUCUG